GCCCGAGCGCCGCGGCUCGGCUCGCUCGGGCCCGGAAGCCGCCCCGCCGGCCUGGGGUCAGGAUGGGCAGCAAGAUGGCGUCCGCCAGCAGGGUCGUCCAGGUAGUCAAGCCACAUGCUCCAUUGAUAAGAUUCCCUAGCAGAAGAGACAAUCUUAAACUCAGUGCAUCGGAAGCUAUGAGUUCGGCAGGGCUCCCCCCUCACGCUUCCUUGAUCUCCCCGCAUGCUAAGGGAAGUAAAUCACCAGACACAAUACACCCCGGUCCACCGGACACGGCAGCAAUAUUAAAAACAUUACCUCAGAAGUACAGAAGGAAACUUAUCUCUCAGGAAGAAAUGGAAUUUAUCCAGCGUGGAGGGCCAGAAUAAUCAUUGAGGCUGCUGCUUAUCAUCAAAGAAUUAUCUUUACAAUAAAGGACUUCCAAAUGACAACUACAAAUUGUAUUUAAACAACCUUAAUAUCCUGAGAAAAUGAAAUAUAGAAAAUACAGAUGGAUACUUCUAUCUCCUAAUUUAUGUAACUUGGUCAGCUUCUCCACAAGCUUACCAACUUGUUUAUGUAUUUCAUACUUAUUAAAGUACACAUUUAAAAAUGUUAGCUUAAUUUGCUCUUGAUUAUCAAGCAUUACCAGUGAUGAACUAUUAAAAGCACACAUAUCUCAUAAACAAUUA